AGCAAAAAUGAAUUCGGUUACUUGACCACGGAUCAGGCUUUAGCUGACUACGCCUGCCUUCUGAGAGACUUUAAGCUCAACAAUACAAAUAUGGGAAACAACCCAGUAAUUGCAUUUGGUGGAUCCUAUGGAGCUAUGUUGGCUGCGUGGCUUCGUCAAAAGUAUCCAAACAUUGUGGCCGGCACUAAGCCAGAAAAGUGCGUUCAGGACUUCUGA